GGAACUGUAACCUGAUUACGAAUUUGGGAAAAAGAUUAAUCAACACACAAAGGGAAAAGUAAACUGGUUGACAGCCCUCAGGAAUCAUGCCCUUUUGCCACAAUAUAAUUAUUAUUUCCUGUGUGAAAAACAACUGGUCAAAUGAUGUCCGUGCUUCCCUGUACAGUUUAAUGGCGCUCAUAAUUCUGACCACAUUGGUCGGCAAUCUGAUAGUUAUUGUUUCUAUAUCACACUUCAAGCAACUUCAUACUCCGACAAAUUGGCUCAUUCAUUCCAUGGCCACUGUGGACUUUCUUCUGGGGUGUCUGGUCGUGCCUUACAGCAUGGUGAGAUCUGCUGAGCACUGUUGGUAUUUUGGAGAAGUCUUCUGUAAAGUCCACACCAGCACCGACAUUAUGCUGAGCUCAGCCUCCAUUUUCCAUCUGUCUUUCAUCUCCAUUGACCGCUACUAUGCUGUGUGUGACCCAUUGAGAUACAAAGCCAAGAUCAAUAUCUUCGUUAUUUGUGUGAUGAUCUUCAUUAGUUGGAGUGUCCCCGCUGUUUUUGCAUUUGGGAUGGUCUUUCUGGAGCUAAACUUCAAAGGCGCUGAAGAGAUAUAUUACAAACAUGUUCACUGCAGAGGGGGUUGCUUUGUGUUCUUUAGCAAAAUAUCUGGGGUACUGGCCUUUAUGACUUCUUUUUAUAUACCUGGAUCUAUUAUGUUAUGUGUCUGUUACAGAAUAUAUCUUAUAGCUAAAGAGCAGGCAAGAUCAAUUAGUGAUGCCAAUCAGAAGCUCCAAAUUGGAUUGGAAAUGAAAAAUGGAAUUUCACAGAGCAAAGAAAGGAAAGCUGCGAAGACAUUGGGGAUUGUGAUGGGAGUUUUCCUAAUAUGCUGGUGCCCUUUCUUUGUCUGUACAGUCAUCGACCCUUUUCUUCACUACACUAUUCCACCUAUUUUGAACAAUGUAUUGAUUUGGUUUGGCUACUUGAACUCUACAUUUAAUCCAAUGGUUUAUGCAUUUUUCUAUCCCUGGUUUAGAAAAGCACUGAAGAUGAUUCUGUUUGGUAAAAUUUUCCAAAAAGAUUCAUCCAGGUGUAAAUUAUUUUUGGAAUCGAGUUCAUAGAAUUAUUAUAUUUUACUGUUUUGCACAUUGGUGACCAUGUUUAUGAACACAACAUAACCCACCACAUGCCCCAACC